GUGCGGCCGCUCGAUCUCCCCGUGGAAGGCUCGGAGAGCGUCUAUAAAUAGACCCCAGAGCCCCUCUCGUAGCUCGCAAAAAGAUAUCGAGGGUGCUCCGCGCGUGGGAGCAAGCUCGCUCUCUCGCUCGCUUCGCUUCGUCCUCUCCCUCCUUCGAUCCAAGGACCAAGAAUGGCGAAGGCUCGGAGGCAGAAGAACGAGGAGCAGAAGCCCGAGAUCUCAGGAGCGGUCGUCCUCCACCAGAAGCUAUGCCUCUCGAUCGAUAUGGAGAAUCGGAGAGUAUACGGGUGCACUGAUUUGAAAAUUCUUCUACCAAAGGGUGAGCGUAUAGCAUUGCAUGCUGACAAUAUGACGAUUAGAGCUGUGUCUGUUGAUGGGGAAUCAGCCCAGUUUGAACACUUUCCACAUUGUCAAGUUCUUGACGAUGAGAGAUGGUCUUCUGUAUCAUGUUCCAAGUCAGCUGCUGAUGCGGCAUGCUUAGCAUACCUUUCAUCUCUUAGUAGGGAAAUUGUACCCAAUCUCAUUAUAUUAUGUAAUAGAUCUACAAAAUCAACCAGCGAACAAGGUGGCCAGGAAAAUGACGGAAAUAUAGUUCAAAAUUCUUCUGAGGAACAGAUUGUUAAUGGCUGCAAUGGUUUCUUGGAAGAAAAGAAUGUCAAGUUGGUCCACAUUGAUUAUUGGUUAGAGAGAGCAGAAACCGGCAUCCAUUUUGGAAACAGUUUGUUAUAUACUGAUAAUCAGAUAAGACGAGCUCAUUGCUGGUUCCCUUGCAUGGAUAGCAUUGAGCAACGUUGCUCCUUUGAUAUGGAGUUUACAGUUAACACUAAUUAUGUGGCUGUCAGCAACGGUCGCUUACUUUAUCAGGUUUUAAGCAAAGAUGAUCCUUCAAGGAAAACAUAUGUUUAUAAGUUGAGCACUCCAGUUAAUGCUGGAUGGAUAUCUUUGGCUGUCGGUCCAUUCAAAAUCCUUCCUGACAGGCAUAAUACCAAUGUAUCACAUAUGUGUUUUUCUCCCAACUUUUCAAAGCUUCAAAACACUGUUGAGUUUUUCCAUAAUGCGUUUAGCUAUUAUGAAGAUUACCUUUCCAUGUCAUUUCCAUUUGAUUCAUACAAACAGAUUUUCAUCCCAUCUGAAGUCACGGUAUCAUCUGUGAGCUUGGGAGCCUCCAUGUGUACUUUCAGUUCUGAUGUCUUAUAUGAUGAAAAUGUUAUAGAUCAGACAAUUGAUACGAGAAUUAAACUUGCAUAUUCCCUGGCUAGACAAUGGUUUGGAGUGUUUAUUACUGCAGAGGAACCGAAUGAUGAAUGGUUGUUGGAUGGUUUAGCUGGUUUUCUCACUGAUAACUUUAUUAAGCGUUUUCUUGGAAAUAACGAGGCACGCUAUCGGCGUUUCAAGGCCAAUUGUGCUGUUUGUAGAGCUGAUGUCAGUGGUGCAACAGCUUUAAGCUCCUCUGCUGCUUCAAGUGAUUUAUAUGGAACUCAAAAUAUUGGUGUAUACGGAAAAAUUCGUUCAUGGAAAGCCGUAGCAGUUCUUCAAAUGCUGGAGAAGCAAAUGGGCCCAGACUCUUUUCGUAAGAUUCUGCAGAUGAUUGUGGGUAGAGCUUUUCCUACCUCUGGAUCUGUAAGAACUCUUAGUACGAGGGAGUUCAGGCACCUAGCCAAUAAGGUUGGAAAUCUGGAGCGUCCAUUUCUAAAAGAAUUUUUUCCUCGAUGGGUUGAAUCCUGUGGAUGUCCUGUUAUGAGGAUGGGAAUUUCUUAUAACAAAAGGAGAAACAUGAUUGAAUUAGCUGUUGUGCGAGGUUGCACAGCAAAAAGUGGUUCUAUUUCUGGCAGUAAUCCAGAUGAUGGGAUUCAAGAAGGUGAUGCUGGAUGGCCAGGAAUGAUGAGCAUUCGUGUUCAUGAACUUGAUGGGAUGUAUGAUCAUCCAAUUGUACCAAUGGCUGGGGAAAGUUGUCAAGUGUUGGAGAUACAGUGUCAUUCCAAACUAGCUGCAAAACGUUUUCAGAAACCUAAGAAAGGUUCAAAGCCUGAUGGCUCCGACGACAAUGCAGAUGCUGUUCUAACUCAGGACAAUCGCACUGGCAUUGAUUCGCCUUUACUGUGGAUCAGAAUUGACCCAGAGAUGGAGUACCUUGCUGAAAUUCAUUUUCAUCAACCUAUUCAGAUGUGGAUUAAUCAACUGGAGAAAGACAAGGAUGUCAUCGCUCAGUCACAAGCAAUUUCAGUAUUGGAGAAACUACCACAACUUUCUUUCUCUGUUGUCAAUGCUCUAAAUAAUUUCCUCAAUGAUUCUAAGGCAUUUUGGAGAGUUAGAAUUGAAGCAGCAUAUGCUCUGGCGCUAACAGCUUCUGAGGACACUGAUUUGGCUGGCCUACUACAUUUGGUCAAGUUUUAUAAGAGUCGAAGAUUUGAUGCGGAUAUAGGAUUACCAAGGCCAAAUGAUUUCCGAGAUGUCCCAGAGUAUUUUGUUCUUGAGGCUAUACCACAUGCCGUGGCUCUGGUCAGGGCAGCAGACAAGAAAAGCCCAAGAGAAGCCAUUGAGUUUGUCCUGCAAUUGCUAAAGUACAAUGAUAACAAUGGAAACCCCUACUCUGAUGUCUACUGGCUCGCUGCUAUGGUCCAAGCCAUUGGUGAUCUUGAAUUUGGUCAGCAGAGUGUGCUUCUAUUAUCAUCGCUUCUCAAGCGUAUUGAUCGGCUACUGCAAUUUGACAGUCUUAUGCCUAGCUACAAUGGAAUUUUGACUAUAAGUUGCAUUCGCGCCCUCGCACAGAUUGCAUUAAAGAUGUCAGCCUCCGUACCUCUUGAUCGUGUUUGUGAGUUGAUUAAACCAUUUCGGAGCAUGGAUAAAAUAUGGAAAGUUCGAAUAGAAGCAAGCAGGGUGCUUCUGGAUCUUCAGUUUCACAGUAAAGGCCUUGAUGCAGCUAUAUCUUUGUUCUUAGAAUUUAUAGGUGAAGAGCAAUCCUUACGAGGGGAGACAAAGCUGGCUACUCAUGUUAUGCGUUUAUGCCAACUAAAUAAUGAAUCUCACUCCGGUAGUCAAGUAUCUUGCUCAACUCUUGUUGCUCUGCUCCGCCUUCUUGCAAGCAGGAAAGCAUUCAACAAUGUCUUUCUUCGGCACCAUGUGUUCUGCAUUUUGCAAAUUUUUGCAGGAAGGUCACCAACACUUUGUGGCAUUCCAAAGGAACUUCCUCCUGUGUUGGCUCCGGAUACAAGUAGUGAUCAGCAGAACAGAUCUUCUUCCCUAACGCUGAAGAUUCCAAGACCUCAAGAUCCUCCCAUUGAGACACCUAAUCCAUGUGACACUUUGCCCACUGCUGAAACUGCGAAAGACGUGCGCGAUAUUGUUUCUAAUUGCAGCGAGAGAAGGACUAAUAUUGUGAAACUCCGGGUUAAGAAAACUUCAUCAUCCAGUAAAGCAGAUGGUAUUGAUCACCAGGUGGACCAAUCUCGUGCUGGAGGGCCAAAUGAAAGUGAACUGGGUCCUUGCAGUUCGGCUUCUGUGGAUGCACCUCCUAGGGAAGCAAAUGAACGCUUGAACGUAACAAACCGAAACAAUGAUGCAAACUCUUCGCAUGAUCAAGAAUCAAGGAUGACUGCAAGCAUGAGGGAGGCAAAUGCACGACCGAAAAUUAUGAUCGCAAAUGAUGAAGACGUGAACUCUUUGCAUGAUCAAGAAUCAAGAAUGACUGCAAGUAUAGGCAGUGCCAAAUUAGGGAACAAGCAAGAGAUCUCUAUGGAAUUGCAAUGUACGGCUGAUUCAAGGCUAGAUUCUCUUUUAAAGGACCGGCUGUCUCCCACCGCAAAGGAUGGUGUUGAAAUUGGUCAUGUAAAUGUUCCUGAUCAUGCGCUCUCUAUGGUAAGACACAGUGUAGAACAAGCUCGACUGUCGACUGAUGAUCAGGAUGCAAAAAAAAAGAAAGAAAAGAAAGAGAAGGAGAGAAAACGGAAGCAAGAGGAUAAAUUAGGCAAGAAAAACGAUCCAGAGUAUCUGGAAAGAAAGCGUCUAAAGAAGGAGAAAAAGCGGAUGGAGAAAGAAUUGGCAAAGAUUAGUAGGACAGAAAGGGCUUCUUCACUAGAUAUGCAAAACUUGGUGAAGCCUGAGCCACAAGGAACUUUGACCUCUGGGAAGUCGCAUGCGGCAAUGAGCUUGGAUCCUAAGGCUUCAAAUAGACAAGAAGCAGCAGUUCCUUUGACCCCAGGAGAGUCCAACACAUUACAGAGUGCUGAACCUCAAGUUUCAAACAGAGAGGCAAUCGUCGAGGGUAUGCAAACCAGCUCAGCUCCCAGAAUAAGGAUCAAAAUUAAAAGCAGGAGCAUCGGCAACAUUUAAUCAUCAUCUUAGCACAAAGUCUUAUAUAAGACAAUGUACAAUAGAAAUGAAAUGAGGUAAGUUGUACAAUUUACGCCCAUUUUUCUCUUGGCUUACCUUGCUAGUAAAGUACGCCUCCAUGCCAAUAUUUUUCAGGUGUGAGGGCUUGAGUGAAGGUUGUCUUUAGUUGGCCUGGUGAAAUGUAGUAGUGUAGUUGUGCAGAUUAACUUUCAGCUUUAGCACAUUAGUAUUAUUUAGUUCUUCGAGUACCUAAGUCUAGGUUCGGUGUUGAAUCCCACAUUUGCUUGAUUUUUGUAGUUCUAGUUGUUCUACUGGGAUGAUCUUGGUGUAGUACCUACUUGGAGACAGUAGACUUGGGAAUGUUCAGUUUGACCUAAGCCGCUCAUUUGCAGCAUUGCACUAAAUAAGCAGAAUCAAGUACGGAAGAUACAAGUGCUCAAUAUUAUAGGAAACCUUUUUUUAGACACCUAUUUUACCUUCCAUCGGAAUUUUUGUGCGAUAUUGUGUUGUCCAAGAGCCAUGUAUGGGUACAUGGUACAGUAGAGCCAAAGCAGGGAAGGUGCCAUAGUAGAAGCAAUCUAGGAAAAUAACCGAGUUAUCCAUGGUUUUAUCAGGUCCCGAGCCUUCUUUGGAAUAGGUCAAGGGAAAGGGAUCAUAAGAUUUUCAGGAUCUAAUGUAAUCGGGUUUUAGCUUGAGACUAAAGUAUCCCUUUGAUAAAUGAUAACAUGUAAUACAGCAUGUUAAUAAUACAGCACGCUAAAAUUGUUUAUGCA